CUUUGGUCUUAUAAGUACUGAAAUUACACUGCAUAUUUUAGUGCAAUUAAACAGUACACUAUAACUGUUACUAUGAUAAAUAUUAAAAUUAUUCUUUUGCUCGGUUUGGCGGCGUACGUGGCGUGUCGUAGCGGUAAAAUAAAAGGUACUACAAACAAAAAUUGGUACAAUGACGACAGCGACUCCAGUGAAUCGAUUUCAUCAAGCGAAGAUAGCGAAGAUGAAGUUUAUUGGCCUAAACAACCUAAUGGACUCAACAAUAAACGUAAAGGAAACGCCAAGGUUACGGCUGGAGAUAAAGAUUUUUCAAGAACCGGAGUGGGAAAACAGGGUUUAAGCGUAGAAUGUACCGACGACGGAGCCCUGGUCAACGGCAAAUUAGCUCCAGAAUAUGAUGUAAGAAACCAACCUCACUUUGACAUGACUGGUAAUGGAAUGAAGAUCAAUGGCCAACAGGUUGGGGAUACCGGGUCAAGACAAGGCUCAAAAACAGAUAAAAGAUAUCAAAGGAAAGGUGGGAACAAUAUUGGACUUCCCAAUUCAAAUAACAUAAACACAAACAAUGUUAACUGGAAUAACAUGAACUCGAGUUCACCAAGGCCUAAACAACACGGCAAAGCAAAAUCAAAUAUCCCUGCGAAAUCACCAAAACAAAAAACAACAGUUGCAAACAAUCAAGGAUGCGGGGCUGGUGGAACCUUAAGUAACUUUGGUAAUUUUGGAAAUCAAGGUGUGAGCUCAAACAUCACGGUAGCAGGGAAUUUAAUUGGAAAUCCAAAAAUAAACAUUGAAAGAACUGCCGACGGCUUUAAGAUCAACGGUAAAAUAGUCCCAGGAGUCAAUCCAUACAACGUUAUAGAGAUCGAUUGGUACCCACAAGGAGGGAUCGCAGUGAACGGUGAUUACAAAACAGGAUUCGAAGAUAUAAUAUAUAGCGGAAGAACGAUUUUGGCGUCAAUAUCAAAUCCAGCUUAUAACAACGGUUCUGGGCCAAGUCAAGCACCAGAUAAAAGAUAUCAAAAGAAAGGUGGAAACAAUAUUGGACUUGCUAAUUCAAAUAACAUAAACUCAAGCAAUGUAAAUUUGAAUAACAUAAACUCGAGUUCACCAAUCGAAGAUAGCGAAGAUGAAGUUUAUAUGCCUAAACCAUACGGCAAAGCAAAAUCAAAGAUCCCUACGCAAUCACCAAAACAAAAACCAACAGUUGCAAACAUUCAAGGAUACGGGGCUGGUGAAAACUUUGGUUGGCAGUAUAAUAACAGAAAUAAUAAAGAUGUGCAGUUCAACAACGUUGGUAAUAGAGGUCGGCAGUUUAACAACAUUGGUAAUAGAGGUACGCAGAUUAAUAAUCAGGGUAAUGGAGGUGUGCAGUGUAUAAACAGUGGUAAUAUAGUAGACUACAGUGGCAGUGAAUCAUCCGGGUAUGACACUUCAGACUCCAUGCAAUUUGAUGGUUAUAAUACAGUUUAA